AUGCGUUUCUCUACCGUUCUAUCUCUCCUGCCUCUGGCCCUCUCCGUUGGAGCUAUCAAGGUCACUGAGCCCGCUAAGAAUGACGAGGUCGAUGUGUCCGGCUCUUUCACCGUGAAGUGGUCGUCGGUUAGCACUGACGCCUCCACCGUUGACAUCGUCCUUGUCAACAAUGCCGUCUACCCCAACGUUGCGGAGAAGAUUGCCUCCGGCGUCGACACCUCCAAGGGCUCCUACACUGCCUCUGGCCUGAAGGGCGUCACCGAUGGCUCCGGUUUCCAGAUCAACCUGAUCUCUACUGAGUCCAAGAACACCGGCAUCCUCGCCCAGUCCGAGCAGUUCGAUGUGACCGAGUCCGCCAAGAGCUCCUCCAGCGCUACUACUACCGGUACAUCUUCCACUGUCUCUUCUGUCUCUUCUACUGCCUCUACCUCUGCUGUCUCUACUGGUACCACUUCCACUGCUUCUACUUCUGCUGGUGUCUCCACCACUGAGACCGAGGCUUCCACCACUGCUACCGGUUCUACCUCUACCGGAACUACCACUGGCACCAACACCUCCACCAACACUGGUAUGACUACCAGCGCUUCCUCCGCCACUGGCUCUGCUUCCGGCUCUGCCUCUGCCUCCCCUACUCCUUCCACCGGUGCUGCCAUGGGUCUCGUUGCCCCCGGUGCCGCUGCUGGCCUUCUGGCUGGUGUCCUGGCUCUCAACCUGUAA